AUGGAUUUUAAAGAGGAUGAUAACAUUAGUGAAACAAAUAGACAGCUGUACUUGGUUGAUACACCAAGAGAUCCUAUGGUAUCUGCCAGUGCAAUAGUGACGAAUAGUAGCACUUGUGAUGAAAUAAGCACUGAAGGAGAUAUUCAAUCAAGUGCUUUUGUUGGCUUAAUAGGAGCACAAUCUUCUUCAGUUUGCUUUCCUACUAAAUUCACAUAUGAUUAUUCUUCUACAAGUCCAAGAAAUGAAGAACGACAAUCAGUUAACAUCAUUGGUAAAAGAAAACAACGUAGAUAUAGAACUACUUUCACAAAUUUUCAAUUAGAAGAGCUUGAAAGAGCUUUUCAAAAAACUCAUUAUCCAGAUGUUUUUUUUAGAGAAGAAUUAGCAUUAAAAAUACAAUUGACUGAAGCUAGAGUUCAGGUAUGGUUUCAAAAUAGACGAGCUAAGUGGCGAAAACAAGAAAAACAGUGUAAAGGUAAUGCUCAUUUCACAACGCAUCUUAUAACAGAUUGUCAGGAUAUACAACAGCCUCAGGCAGAGCAUUUAUUGUUAGAACCUCCUUUAGGAAGUUCACCUCCAAUAUAUCUUGGAAUGGAAUGGACAGGAUUUUCACCAUACAAUAGCAGUACUACUACAACUUCCCUAAUUAUUAAUGGAAUGAAUAAAAUUCCAGAUUCUGAUAAUAAUCCCUUGUUAGAUCCCGAAUUACUUCAAUUAAAAACACCUCGAUCAUAAUACAAGAUAAAAAAAUCUAACAGAUUUUU